AUGGGUCGCGUGUCUAGUCACCUCGGGCGCUCGCGGAAGGGAACUCACAGCGAGUGCCACAAUUGGCAGGUGUCGGCACCCGCUAGGUAUCGCGCUGCUUCGCUGGGUAGCGAGUGCUAUUGUGGGUCGACACUCGCUAGGUCUCCCUCUCUCGCCAUCUCGUGCGCACGCGGACGACUGUCCACUGAGAAUACGCGCAAGUCUUCCCGCGUCGGGUCGCGCGCACGCGGGCACUAUUUCGCAGCAAGUCCACAAAGGUUUGGCACCCUGUCUCGUGCGCUCACGAGUCAUAGCUCGCAGCGAGCGCGCCUAACGUGCGGGAAGGCUAGGGCUCGCACAAUCUUGACUUGGGAAUGGCCCGAGAUGGCUCGAAAAUGGUUCGGGCGGCUAAGCUUCACGUCAGUGGACCUAUUCAACACCAAAAAGACAAGAAAAAUAUGUGAAAGCACAAAAACACAAAACGAGAACAAAAAUACACAAAACACUGACCUACUAUUUCGUCUGAAGUGGGCCACGUCUACUGAAUUCAUUAUGGAGAUUAAACUUGGGCUGCGGGGAUUAUUCUUUGACCUGGACAUUGCGGCUUCGGGAGUUGAAAGCAACAGAGGAGAAAAGGAUCGCAACACACAGCAACAGGACGGAAGCUUUGGAAAUUAG